AUGGGUGAUAGUUAUAAUAACAAUAAUAAUAAUAACCAUCAUUUAAGAACCUUGCAUCAAAGUAAUAAGAGUGGUUAUCAAAGUCAAAGACAAAGAUCACUGAUUCAAGAUGAGACUGUAAAGAUCCUUGUGAUUGAUGAUAUUCUUUACAAAUGUAGAUUCAAGCUAACUAAAGGCUCUAGUAAAAAACCGCCUAUCCAAUCUGCAUUUGUACAAAGAUUGAUCAACCAAUUAGUAGUUUAUCUUUUAAAGACUGAUGAUUGUUUCAAUGCACAAAACCACAUUGUUUGUGUUACCAAAUAUGUUCAUAGAAGAGCACCAAGUUCAUUUGUAGUAUCAACCAAAACAGAUGAUGAUUCAUUAAAGUGUGCAAACAAAUAUACAUUUGUUAUUCAUAUCGUUGAGUCGUACUUGCUUGACUCCUAUCAUAUAGGAGGAUAUGAAUUGGAACAACAACAACAACAAACUUGCCCACAAUUAUAA